AUGUGGCUCGAACAUGGAACCCUGCCCGAGUUCGUCACCCCUCUUAGCAUACCUGUCCCUUAUUUUGGCCAUGUGCAGGACGAGCAUGGUGGCUCUCGUCUUUAUUUCGCGGUGGAGUCGACCGCUACUUACCGGGCAUGCAAGGAAUCACGCGCAUUUCUGCAAUUCUUCUUUGCCGAAGAGACCAAGCCUGAAGGCGGCCUUCCGUCCUGGUACUGCAGCGAGACUGACACCAUCAAGUUCAAUAUCUGGUGGAUCGACGACGUUAUCAAGCAUCCGUGGUUCUUGCGCACUCAGCAUCUCGAGCUGACCAUGUGGAACGAGGAGUGUUAUCUUGGAAACCACGAGGACGUGACGGGUCACGAUUGGAUCGAGGAAAAUCUGGCCUCGUUGAGAGACGUCACGGUUCGAAUCAACGAGGCCCGAACCUGGUCGGAAAACUACACCACCAGAUAUCGGCAUUGGCUUACUGCUUGGUUUCGAACAUUUGAGUCGUUUUACAACCCAGAAGAAGCAGACGGGCCCCCUCUUCGGUUCUACCUGCGGGUAGUCAGCGACACUAUCCCGGAAGAGGAGUGGCUGUCGCCGACCAACUAUCUACGCGUGGAAAAGCUUGUUCAUCAAAAGAUGCUGCACUUUGAUCCACAGCAUAAGGAACAUGACACGGCCGGCCGCAAGGCGGCGCUCAUGGCGGCCGCGGACGACGAGUUGGACAAUCCGGCACAAUAUCUCGCAAGACGACGGCUUGCACGGCGGCUGGUUCGGGAAUUAGAAAGCGCCGUCUAUAGCUCGACUCAUGAGCCACCGCCACUGGAGGAGGAAUGGAGCGUGUAA